AUGUCUGAUUUCAGCAUCGACACCAUCCUCUCCAAGGGGGCGGACAGAUCUGCUUCCAAUCGCUUGGCCCACCCCUGUCAGCCUUUCCUGCUCCAUUCUGCAGAUGGUUUGGUGCCCAGUCACUGCAGCGUCAGCUACAUUUGUCUCUACCUGGACCCUGCUUGUGUGCCGGCUGCAGGUGCUGUGACUGGCGAGGGUUUCUACUUUGGCCACAGUGUGGGUUCGUGUUGUCCCCAGCCCCAGCAUCACUACUGCCCAGGACAAGCAGCACUAGGUAUCUUGAAUCCAGCCCCUAUGGGUCAGAUGAGACUUCACUCCCUGGCCCAGAAGGGGAAGAGAAGACGGAGGCAUAGAACAGUUUUCACACAGCAGCAGUUGGAAUAUCUGGAAAACCUCUUCAACACAUCAAGUUACCCAGAUAGCAGCACCAGGGAGAAGCUGGCCAGGAAGACCCAUCUCUCUGAGGAGACCAUCAAGGUAUGUAGCUUCCAGUCAAAGGACAUUUGCAAGCAGAAACCAAAUGGAUGA